AGUUCAUACUUAGAAUCCAUACCGUUCUGAAACAUGAUAAUGACAUUGUAUAAAAGUUAUUAAUAUCGAAAGUCUUAUUAAAUCCCAUUCGCCAAUGCUGCCCACACGACAUAUCUGCGAUAAACCUCGCAAAACGAUCGAUGCCACCGACGGUAUAUUUGGUUUUUUUGCAACACGCGUUAUAAAGUUUCUGACCUCAACCAACCAGAACCGGUUGCAUGAUCGCAUCGUAAACAGUGUCGAGCGCAUACGUUCGCUAUAUAUAUUAUAAUAAUUUGUUUUUUAUUUAUAUUAUAUUAUUAUAUACCCGGACGAAUGACCGCCGAACACAUAGAUCGCGCGAUUCGUCCGAAGACCCGCCUCAAUACUUUUGCAAACGAUUAUUAUUGUUUUGGCCUUUUUGCGACCGUCCCAUAGUCCGUUUUAUUGUUGUCCCGCGUUUUCGGACACGGGUCACAGCGGUCCGCUCCACACCGACCGGGUUCUUUGUACAAUUGUACCGCCGCGCAGAGCACAUGACCAUCACAAUCGCAGCCCCGCAGGUCGCAUACGUCGCUCGCCGCUCGCAUUCACUUCUCGGUCGUCUAGCGUAGAACUCGUUGUUCCGUCGCCGCCUGUAAUUAUCUACACCACGUGAUAACAACAACUGCAACCUAUUGUGUCACGGUUACGAUAUUAUAUAUAUAUAUAUACAAAUCACCACGCGCCGUAAAUGUCGCGUUGAACUUCGCUACGUCACAUCCAUCGGUUCCGGACGCGUACCGUCGUCGAUACGACCACAGAUUAAAUCGUAUUAACUAUUACCGUUGGUCCUCCUCCUGAAGUCCAGAACCGCGAUUGCGGUCGUCAGUUUGAAAUGUUGUGCUUAAACGAUGAUAGCAAAGUACAAAUGAGGCUAAAUAUUAAACUACAUCGACAAAAACUUCUUCAGUGUUUAGAGAAAAGUAAUGAUACUGUAUUAAAACCUAAAAUCAAAUUAGUUUCAAACAAUUUAGAAAAAUUUAGUUUAAAUCACAAUGUUAAACCAAAAAUUGCAUCUAGUACUGAAUUAAUAAACUCCAAACUUGAACCAACCAAGGUUACAAACCAUAGAACUAGAUCAACCGUUCAGCGAAAACAAUUUAAACCUGUGAUUACUACUAAAGAAAAAAAUGUUGACAUAAAAAAACACAAAACUAGAUCAAGUGUUACUCUAAAUCAACUUAAACCAAACAUUAAAGUAAAUAUAAAAUCUGAGCUGCCUAUAUCAAAUGUUGAAUUAAAACCAACACCUAUUCCAAUCAUUGAAAAAAAAGACCCUGAAUCUCCUGAACCUAUCAUUAAAAAACUCAAAGAACAAUUAAUCGAAGAGCUAUAUAAUAGUAGUUCAAGUUCAGAAGAUAUCGAUGAUAACAUUUCUGUUGGAAGUAAUGAAGAUUGGAAUGAUUUUUUUGAUUCAAAUAGUACGAGCGAUGUAUAUGACAAUGAUAGCAGCAAUUCAAUCCCUGUUGGAGUAAAUAAAUAUGAACAUGAAAAGCCAGAUAAUAAAAAAAGUAUAAAGGAUUCUUCAUACUAUAGUAAUGACAGUGAUAUCACUCAAUCUGACACCAAAUACCCAGCUACCAGAAAAAGAACUCGGUCCAGAAGAAUGGUGCUUUUAACAAAUUCUCAACAUAAAAGUAAUUCGCCUAAAAAAAGGUUUAGAAAACCUCAAGAUAGAACAAUACAUAAUGCCAAAGAACGAGCAUGUCGAGAACGCAUAGCCCAAAAGUUUGAUAUUCUUAGAAAAUCUUGCAGUUAUUUGAAUACAAAUAGACGUGUACCAUCGAAACAUAGUAUACUUUUGGCUGCUAAAAAAGAGUGUGAUUUAUUAAAACAUUUUGAGAGUAAAUUGGUUGCUGAAAAAAAAGUAUGGCGUAAAGCAAAUGAUGUUUUAAAGAAUAAGAUAGCAAAAUUAACAGUGACGAUAGAAUAACAUACAUUUUAACUGAUUGUAUAUUGCAGGACAAGCCAGGGAAAUAUUGUGGUAAUUUUGUAAAUUUAUAUAUUACAAUGCGCAGAAUGUACCAAUUAUUCUGACUAACUAAUUAUUUAUUAUGUUUGAUAUAUAAUAAAAUUAAUAUACAUAUAUUAUUUUAGUAAUAGCUUAUAGACAUUAUAAAUGUAUUAUUAUGUUUUAUCUAUUUGUAUGCAUAAUACAAUAUGUACAUUCGUUGUUUGUAUUAUGUGUUUCUAAUAACUACUUCUUUUUUGUUUGUAUAUUUAUAUGUAUUAACACCAAAUAUUAAAUUUAUUUUUAUAAAAUUUGGUCAUAGAUCAAUUUGUGUAUUCUUAAUGUAAUUCUUAUACAUGUCACAAAUACGUAUUUAAAAUCUGUUGUAUAUAUUUCUAAAAGCUCAACUUUAUUUCAUGUUAUUAAUUGAUUUGUUUUCAUAUUAUCGCACAAAUUAUUUUUAACCUUAACAUUCCGGCAAUGAUUUUAAUUUUAAGUUAUAACAUAUGUGAUAUUUUGAAAUUAUAAGUCCUUAAUUGUGAA